CUUCUUUCUCUCUUCUUCAUCGUCAUCGCGCACUUUCUCUCUCCAACAUUCUCUUUUUUUCUCUCUCAGAAUUUUCCUCUCUUUCCGAUUCCUCCUAUUAAUUCCAUUUUUCUUGCUCCUUCUCUUCCCUGAAAACACCUCUUCUUAGUAUUGAUGUCGGAAAAGGGUCGGCCACUGCCAAAAUUUGGUGAUUGGGAUGUCAAUGAUCCAGCCUCGGCUGAGGGGUUCACAGUGAUAUUUAAUAAGGCUAGGGAUGAAAAGAAAACAGGUGGCAAUCCUGAGUCACCAGCAAAGACUGCCGCUGAUCCUCAUAGCAAACCUGCAGUAGAUCCUGGGAAAACUCAGACUAAAAAAUGGUUUUGCUGCAUGCAACCUUCUGCCGAAUGAUAGGAUAGCAAUGGUUGCUCCUUUGAAAAGCCUGAACAGAAGAACAAUGUUUAUGUGUAACUAGCUUCACAGUAUUUUCUCAAAGAUAAGAGCUGUAGAGCCAUGAGCGAAUUCUACGGAAUUUAUAUUAUGUGCUGUAAAAGUGAGCUGCAAUGGGGUAAAGGGAAGAAGACAGACUAUUAUUUGUGUGUGUGUAUCAGUGUUGUGGUUUAUUAUUAGGAGCCGGGGUUGCUUCCUGUUUUGCCUUGUCUUGCGCUAUGAGCUAGAGCGUUGCUUGUCACAUUGUAUUGCUUGUAUUAUCAAACAAAUCCUAUUUUAUGAACUCAUUUUAUUCCUUUGA